AGGGGCGAACUUUGACCCUGCAGAUCAAAAUAAGGGAGGGAAUAUCUGGUCAUUAGCAUUAGCUGUGGGACGACGAUUUAUAAAUAUUUACUGUUUUAAUAAACUGACAAGAGCUGUGACAUUGGGAAGAUUUUAUAAGCACCAAGUUGUUGGAUAAAGCACACCAUGCCCAUCUCUUUUCUCACCUCUGCUGGGGAUUCCAGGACCCAGGUUCCCCCACACCUGCAGCAAAUUGCCAUCCGGAGCCUGGACCUCGGCUUGUCCUGCCUGGAUAAGUUUGUCAAGGGGAAGGUUGUCCUGAAGGGGCCCUUGGUGAGCAUGGACAACGGCAAAUACGUCCUGAAGACUGUCAUACAAGAGCUGGAGCAUCAGCAGAACCUGCCUCGUGGUUUGUCCUCCAUUGGCGCUGUUUUGUUCAACAAGCUGGCCAGGGAUUUCUCCGAGGCUGUCAAUACAGAGGAUGUGGUGCUGAUGACUGGCUUCACGCUCGCCCCUUCGCCUACGGCUCAUAAAGAUGGCCUUCACUCCUGUAACCUGCAGCUUGGUGGGGCCGGUGAUGGGGGUGGGGCCUGUGUCUAUGUUUGUCCUGCCCUGAAUGCCAGCCGCAGCCCUGCGCACAGUGUGACUCGCAGCUUGGCACGUCACCCAGCACGGGCGUCUGAGACCCAGGUGACGAAGUACACCUACACUGCCCUGAACAAACUGGUUCCUGACACCAUCGUCAACAUCUAUGGUGUGGUGACGUUCUUCAAGCAGCCGUACCGGUCCAUGGGGACUGAUUACUGCUCAUUCCUGAAGAUCACAGACCCAUCCAGUGUGAAGGUCAGCUGCACUGUAUUCCAGGGGGAGCUGCAUAACCAUCCACAAGUUUUCAGAACUGGAGACAUUGUCCGCCUCCACCGUGUGAAGGCCCAGUCUUUCCGGGGCUCCAUUAACGUGACGACGACCCACGGCUUCUCCAUCGUGGUGUUCGAUGGCACCGUGGGCAGCCCAGUAGUUCCCCGCACGUCCAGCAGGAAGCUCCACUUCACGGCAGAGGACGAGCAGACGGUGGAGCGUCUGCGCAGAUGGGCCUCGGAGCAGACUGCGCUGCUGGGUGCCGCCGCGGUGCGGCUCGCCGACGUCGAACCACGGAUGUACUUCGACUUCACGUGCCAGCUGCUGGCCAAGGCUGAGAUGGACAGAAACUGCACGCUGCUGAAGGUCUGGGAUGGGACCGAGUGCCCCUACCCCCUGCUGGAUGUGUCUGUGGAGCCUGAUGCCCAGCAUGGAAGCACAGCUGUCCCUGGAUGCAGGAAGGGCCUUGUGGCCAGCGUCCUGGUGUAUGACGACCACAUCAAGAUGACCCAGGAUUUAAAGCCCGGAAGCUACCUACGCAUCUACAAUCUGCACGCGGUGCCUCAGACCACAUCUGCAGCGUCCCCUAGUGGCAGAUCAGACCACCUGUGCUUCCACCUGCACGGGGGCACCUCAUACGGCCGGGGGCUGCGGAUCCUGCCCAAAGACAGCCCAGAUCUGCAGGAGCUCCAGCGUGCUCUGGAGUUGCUCCCCGCCUCGUCGGAUGACAUUGCAGACGUCUCCCUUAUGGACGUAUGGGCUACGCCCCCGGAGUCUUUGGAAGAAGCAUCCUGUGAUGCAGAACGCACAUGUGACCACACCCUGGAGCAGGUGCCGCUGUCCUCCGUGACGAAGUCCACUCCUCCCAAGACGUUUCAUACCAGAGCUCAGCUCAAGACCUUCCAGCCGCAGAAACUCUUCCAGUGCCUGAAACUCUACUGCCCCCAGUGCAACGCCCUACAGAACGUCCCAGACGAGGAGGCCAUAGGCAGCGCCUUCCACAGGGCUGUUGGCACCGCAGCUUUCGGCAGUGAGCCGUGGCUCCUGACCUGUUUCCGGGAGUCUACCGAGCCGGGCCGCAAGAUGGCUGUGCACCUCCCCAGCAGCUCUCACAACGACCAGACCAGCCUCAUCUUCCUAGAAGGAGCGGCACUGGAGGAUGUGUGUCAGAUUUCGGAGCACAGGGCCGUCGUCCCCGUGAGGUGGCAUGACGGCAAGAUGAGCUUCCUGGACUUCUCGGUACCUGUCUUCUUCCAGGGUUCGGCACGGCACUAUGGGUGCAGAAACUGCUCGCGCUCGGAAUGCCGGGAGCCGCUUCCCAUGGAGCUACAGGAGUGGGAUGAGAAGAAGGUGGCUGAGGCUCUCGGAGUGCAGCUGCUCCAAUACAUGCUGCUGAUGAAGCUGGAGUUGGACGACGGCACAGACUCCCUGCAAGCCCUGCUGUGGCGGGACGCUGAGAUCUUCUUUGGUGUUUCUGCCCAGGACACCGCAACUGACCAGCAGUUGCAGGAUAGAAUACAACGCACCAUGGACAGACUCUGCCCACCAGAGGGCACUAUGGAAACGCGACCCUGGCUGAACCUGUGUCUGGCAACCUACUCUGCAGAGGAAGCGGGCCGCAGUACCGUCUGCUACCAGGUGCUGAACACCAAGACCGUGUGCCCAGAUUAAGAGGCGGAUCUCACUUCUGGAACGUCACAGAACGGAACUUCUCUCUGGCUCUCUGCCAGAGUAUUUUCUUGGUAUUUUCUUGUCCUGGAACAGAUUUUUAUUUUGUUAAUAAAACAGAAAUAACAGUG